AUGGUAACAGAGAAGGAGGUAACAGAGAGGCUACGUAAUCUUGAUCUCACAGAAAAAAGCUGUUCAGUUCUGGCCUUAGCUCUCAGCUCAGAGAACACAACACUGACAGAACUGGACCUGAGUUACAAUACACUGCUGCAGGAUUCAGGUGUGAAGAAGCUCUGUGAGGGACUGAAGAGUCCACACUGUAAACUGGAGAAACUGAGGCUGAGGAGCUGCAGUAUUAAAGGUAGAGGCAGUGCUGCUCUGUUUAGCACUCUGAAAUCAAACCCAUCAUGCCUGACAGAGCUGGAUCUGAGUGGCAAUAAGCUUGGAGAUUCAGGAGUGAAGGAGCUCCCUGAUCUACUGAAGGACCCACAAUGUAAACUGCAGAUACUACAGCUUGCUGUCUGCAGGAUUACAGAUGAAGGCUGUGCUGCUCUGAUUAAAGCUCUGACAUCAAAUCCAUAUCACCUGAAAGAACUGAAUCUGAGCCGCAAUAAACCAGGAGAUUCAGCGGUGAAGGAACUCUCUGAACUACUGAAGGAUUCACAGUGUAAACUGGAGAAACUACAGCUGUGGAGCUGCAGUAUUACAGAGGAAGGCUGUGAUGCUCUGAUUGAAGCUCUAAAAUCAAAUCCCUCAUCUCAUCUGAGAGAACUGAACCUCAGCGGCAAUAAACCAGGAGAUUCAGGAGUGAAGAAGCUGUCUGAUCUACUGAAGGAUCCGGACUGUAAAUUAGAGAAACUAGAGCUGCGUCAUUGUGGUCUCACAGAGAAAAGCUGUGCAGUUCUGGCCUCAGCUCUCAGAUCAAAGAACACAUCACUGAGAGAACUGGACCUGAGUGAGAAUAAAGUGCAGGAUUCAGGAGUGAAGAAGCUCUGUAAGGGACUGAAGAACAAAUACUGUAAACUGGAGAUACUGAGGCUGGAAUACUGCAGUAUUACAGAUAAAGGCUGUGUUGCUCUAUUUAAAGCUCUGAAAGCAAACCCCUCACACCUGAAGGAGCUGAAUCUGAACAACAAUGAUCUAGGACACUCAGCAGUGAAGAAGCUCUCUGAAGUACUGAAGGAGGAAAGCUGGAGAACAAGCACACCCUCGACUCUGGCAGCAGAGCCCUCACAGCGGGGCAAUAGCUGCAAAGCUAAAGCUAAAGCUACCCCACGCGAGCACCAUUCAUCACCCAUUCACGUGUCCAACAGGCUGGAAUACUGCAGUAUUACAGAUGAAGGCUGUGCUGCUCUGUUUGAAGCACUGAAAUCAAACCCCUCACACCUGAGAAAGCUGAAUCUGAACCACAAUGAACUAAAAAACUCAGCGGUGAAGAAGCUCUCUGAACUACUGAAGGAGGAAAGCUGUAAACUGGAGAAACUAGAGUGA